UCUUCUUCUUCAACCCGAUCUGGCCCAUCCUUUCCCUAUUCCUCCAUCUUUUCCGACGAUCCGACGACGUCUCUGUACUGCAGAGCUCUGUUCGUGAGAUUUCUCCCUCUUCCUCCGUGAGCUUUGUUCGUGAGCUUUCCUUUCGUGGGCCUCCUGUGCAGUGGUUUGAGGUCCAGCUCUGUUGCAGUGUGGGAACGGGUUUAGGGAUCUUUUCCGGUGGUGGUUAAAGUUGUUUGUUGGGUUAGCGGGCUGUUGAACAUGUCCUCCCAUACUCAGGAGUCUAGGUCGAACACUCCGAAUGAUGAACCAGCUCUUGAUUCCUCCGCACUUCAGGGUCCUGAGCAUGUUGGCAGAGUAGUGGUUGAAGGAGUGGAAGGUGAUGUACAUGUCUCUGUCUCUGUUGGUGAAGAACAAGGGAGUGAUGAAGAACAGGAAAGUGAUGAAGCACAAGGGACUGACUCUGAUGAAGAAGAUGAUGAAAACGAGUCUGAAAAUGUGGUUGAAGAACAAAAUGUUGAUGUGGAGCCGCCUACUGAAAUUGCUAUCAAUGGUAUAGAAGAUCUGGGGAUGGUAAAUUUCAAACAACUAUCUGUCAAUGAUAUAGUCACCUAUCACUUCCCGGAUCGUGAGGUUGCUUACUUGUUCUACAGUUGGUAUGCUCGGAUGCAUGGAUUUGCUGCGAGGAAGGCUAAGGUUCUAAAAAACAAUCAUGGAGAUGUAAUCCAACAGAUAUUUGUUUGCUUUAGGGAGGGUAAAAGGAAAGAGAAAGAGGAGCCAGAAGUUGAUGUUCAUGCUGGUGAAAAGAGAAAGCGUUUUCCAAAAAAAGCCACAAGAUGUGAGUGUAAGGCUUAUUGUCAGGUCCAUGUUCAUAAGGAUAACAAGCGUUGGCAUGUUAGAUCUGUUUGUGAUGAUCAUAAUCAUGUACUUGUUGAAGAAAAUUUGAUUGGAUUGGCCCCCACUCAUAGGAGAAUGAAUGAGGCUGACAUUGCUCAAUUGAAUUGCUUUAGGAAGUCAGGAAUCACCACUCCACAGGCUUAUGGUGUGUUUGCCAACCAGAUGGGUGGAUAUCAAAAUGUUCCAUUUGGACCUAGACAAAUGUAUAAUGAAAAGUUUAAAAAGAAGAAGGUGGAAGUAUGUGAUGCGAGAGGUGUGAUCGCUUUCUUACGUAAUUUGAAGGAAAAUGAUCCUGACUUGAUGUGGAAACACACUUCUAAUGAGGAAGGAAGGUUGGACAAGUUGUUUUGGAGUGAUGGUUGCAGCCGGGACAACUAUUUAUUGUUUGGAGAUGUGUUGGCAUUUGAUGCCACAUACAAGAAAAACAAGUACAAGCGGCCACUUGUAAUUUUCUCCGGAGUUAAUCAUCACAAUCAGACAAUCAUCUUUGCUGCUGCUUUAGUUUCUAAUGAGAAAGAGGAGACAUAUGUUUGGUUGCUUCACAAUUUGUUAGAUGCAAUGCGGGGGAAAGCACCAGUAUCAGUAAUCACAGAUGGAGAUCCGGCAAUGAAAAAUGCAAUUAAAAGUGUGUUUCCAAAUGCGCAUCACAGGUUAUGUGCUUGGCAUCUUCUUCGGAAUGCAGUAAGCAAUGUUGCUGAGCCAAAGUUUGUUCAAAUGUUUUCAAGAUGCAUGCUUUGGGAUCUUGAAAUUGUGGAGUUUGAGGAGAGAUGGGCUCAAAUGGUUAUUGAAUGUGGGUGUGAAGACAAUGUCUGGGUUCAUGAUUUGUAUGAGCGGAAGAAGAUGUGGGCUGCUGCAUAUAUGCGGGAUGAAUUCUUCGCGGGCUUUCGUACAACCUCACGGGUUGAGGGAUUACAUGCCUAAGUU